AUGAACUGCUGCACCUGCAUACUUCUCUUAGGUUCUUGUGACGGAUACGAGAACAUAACUGACCCAUGGCGCAAUCUGUUAUUUAGAUCAAACUCCUUCACUGGCUACCCAAAAAACGAUGCACUGCUUCUCAAUAAGUGGUGGCGCUUCACAGGGAUUGGUGGAGACAGAAUCAUUACUUCAUGCGCCAGUAGGCCUGCUGGUGGGACCGCUUAUCCUGCUCAUGUUUAUUUUGCACAUCCAACAACUGAAUCUGAAACUCCAACACGAGGGACUUCAUAUGCCAACGCUGGAAGCUGCAAUAAUUAUCCUAACACCUUGAAUGUGGUGCUCUGUCCUGGAGGAUUCUACAUCUACAAACCAGAAACUCACACAUAUGGCAAUUUAGCAUAUACAACCCAUCACUAUGAGUGUAGCUCAGACUCCUGCGGACCGCUUACUAACUGCGUUUCUGGGGGGGGUUGUUCUUGCAUACCCGGGUAUGAAAUUCCUCCCACACACCUACCCACUGGAGAUUCGUACGGUUGUGUUGACAUAGAUGAGUGUUUGAAGACUGCGGCCAUUUGUGGUCCUUCCUCCACUUGUACCAACAACCAAGGAUCAUACGGCUGUACCUGUGUGAAAGGAUACACUGCCACAAAUACAACAUUACCACCUGGAACAUCCAACGAAUGCAUAGAUAUUGAUGAAUGUUUCAACUCAACCAUCUGUGGCCCUGAUUCUAUUUGCACCAACGAACCUGGCACUCAUCAAUGCAAGUGUCAAACGGGCUAUCAACCUACGGAACCAGAGCUCGAGCCCAACCAGAUCAACAUCUGUAUCGAUGUUGACGAGUGUGUCCAAUUCAAUGGCAUCUGUGGUCCUUAUUCCAACUGCUCAAACAACAUCGGCUCGUAUCUCUGUUUCUGCUUCUCUGGUUUUCGGCUGGAAAUCAAACCCAGUGAAAUAGCCAGCAAAUCUAACCCAUGCACAGAUAUAGAUGAGUGCAGUGAGACACCAGGAAUAUGUGGAAAACAAACUACAUGCACCAAUGUCCCCGGGACCUUCUUUUGCUCUUGUCCAGAGGGAUUCUACCCAUCAACAGGAAUAGUGUGGACACUGGGUAUUUCAUAUUGUAAAAGUAUUCAGCGGAUCCUAGAUGAGAUAGACGUCCAAGAGGGUGAGACCCCAGAGAGAGCUUUUCUUGGCAAUAUGGAUCAACAGCUGAAAAACUAUACAGGCAUGGUCAUACCAGGACCGACUGUGGCAAACAGCUUCACAGCAUCUAUGGAAGUGGUAGGUGGUGGAUCAAAUGCCAGGUCAUUCAGGAUGAGCAGUGCCGGCGAUGGGGAUACCGGUAGUAUGAUGCUGGAAAUCUCAGACCGCUUAGUGUCCGGGAUGGUGGUCCCAGGUCAGAACCAAUCCAAGACGAACGUGAGGAGUUCAACUCUGGAUUUAAGUCUUGAAACUAUUGGACCCGGGAACAGCAUAGGGGAGAACUCUCUUCUCUCUGCUAAUGGAAACACCAUGCAGAUCGACCUGGAAGGUCUCGCCAAAAACAACAAUGAUUCUGCAGCAGUUGCCUUCAUGACGCUACAGGGGAUGGAGAGUCUCCUCAGUCAUCAAUACUUUCCAACAGAAAACAGGACAGAGAUGUACUCUGACGUCAUCACUGCCAUCCUGCCCUUGAUGAACAACACCAACCUCACGCAGCCCGUCAAUUUCACCAUCUUUCACAAGAAGGUGCUCUCCGGCUCAGAAAUUUCUGGUUUGGUGACCUGUGUGUACUGGAAGGACAAAACACAGGAGAGGAGGUCUGUACAGUGGUCAGUGGACGGCUGUGUGGUGGCAUACACAAACGAAAACUACACAGUGUGCAGCUGCACCCAUCUCUCCACAUUUGCCCUGAUCCUGCAGAUCGCGGAGCCUCCACCAGAGGAUGACUUCUUAGAGUGGCUGAACCGGGUGUGUGUGAUUGUCGGACUGUUCUUCUUUGCGCUCGCCAUUCUCACCUUCCUGCUGUGCAGCUGGAACCCCAAGAUCAACAACACCGCCCGUCUUCACCUCUGCCUCAACCUCGCCUUAUCUCAUCUCCUGCUGCUGUGGAACGACGAAUACGUUGACCGGGAGCUGGCCUGCACUGUCAUGGCCGGCCUGCUCCACUUCUUAAUUGUGGCGAGUUUCGUGUGGAUGUUGCUGGAGGCACUGCAGCUCUACCUGCUGGUCAUGAGGCUCUCUAAGGUGCAGGUCAUCCAGAGUGAUGGCCUCCCCAGGCCUCUUCUCUACCUGGUCGGCUACGGUGUCCCCUUUGUCAUUGUGGGUACUUCUGCACUCGUGUAUUCUGAUGGAUAUGGUGCGACUAAGGCCAAGGUGUGCUGGCUGUCGCAGGAACGCAGCUUCAACUGGGCUUUGACAGGGCCGGUGAUCACCGUCAUUUUUUUAAACGGCGUCUUGUUCUGUGCUACUUUGUGGAGUCUAAGACCGACCCUGGCCAACAUGAAGAGUGACGUCUCUCAGUCUAAAGACACACGAUUGAUUGUGUUCAAGAUCCUGUCCCAGUUUGUCAUCCUGGGCUGCACCUGGAUUCUGGGCCUGUACCAGGCGAAUCUUUUCUUUCAGGUCCUCUUCAUACUCCUUAACUCCCAGCAGGGCACCUUCCUCUUCAUCGUCCACUGCCUGCUCAACAAGGAGGUGAGAGAGGAAUACAUAAAAUGGCUGACUUGUUCUUUCAACAAGCCCAGAGAAGGAGGAUCUGUGAAAGAUGCUCCUUCAGUGUCCGAGGACUUCGACAAGGCUGAAGAAUAA